UUUAGAGUCCAGAUGGAGUCUCUGGAUUUGUUCCAUCAUCAGAAACCUGCCGUAUUCUGUCCUGUACGUGUCUACUGCCCUCUGGUGGUGGAGCUAAAGGUGACAGGGCCCUAUUUUAUUUCUGCAGUACUGUUAUAAGAUUUCAUAAUGGAAUAUAAUUGUAUUAUAUAGUUUGUACGUUGACUUUGAACAAACAUUCUUCAGUUUUGAAUGCUUGAGUUUAUAUUUCAGGCUUUAAAAGGUUCAGUUCAAACCAGCUGUGAUGAUAAAAGUUGGAAAUGCUUGACUGGACUGGUUUUAAUUUUACUCGGUAUUCUCCUUUUUUCUCACAGGUAUGGCUACUUUGGUCGUGGAGUGUCCCUGAUGUUCUGCAAGGUUUCUGGGUGUUUAACAGAUGGGAGGAUAUUUCUGACUGCAUCUGGAGAGGACAUGGUGUCCAUCCACACCAAAGACACCACAGGAAUCAGGAAGCUGCAGAAAGAUGAUGUAGAGGUGCUGCUGCUGACCUCUAGUGAGGACCCUGUGGCCCAGUUGUUAGCAGAUAAGCUGAAGAAGCUAACGGGGUGUGAGGUCAUGCAGGUGGGAGAGGACCCACUAAGUGAUGUGUUGCCAGUCGUGAAGGAGAGGAAUCUGGACUGGAAAGAUGUAGCUUACAUGGGUAAAGCUGCUGUUCCUUAUUUAUGUACCUGUGGAGGUUUUAGCAUCAUUGAUCUCAACAUUCAGUUGUGUCACAGCUCUGACCAACCAGGAACUCGUCAGCUGCUGAAAUCCGUUUCAUAGUGAAGGUAUAAAAGCAUCAUAGUGAUGAUAAUACAUGCAGCCAGUCCCUGUAGUAAAAGCAAACAUUAACCUGUAUGUACCAUGGGCGUGUCGGCUUACUGGAACAGUGCAGCCAUUGCUAUGAAACACUGGAACCAUGUUUAUGCCCGUGUCUCCUCCCAGGUAACGACACAGCUGACAGCAGCUGUCUGAAUCUGGCGGGUUUGAGUGCAGUUCCUGCAGACGCUUCAUCAGACGCCGCCAACGCUGCCAAGUACACCUGCCGCCUCCUUGGGGGGGCGGGAGCCGUGAGGGAGUUUGCAGAACACGUUCUCCUGCAGAAGGAGAAGGCAAAGUCCCAGAUGAAGCAAGACCGAAUCGACCGCACCAACUUCUGAUGUAGAACAGUCCAGAUUU